AUGGAUGAGAUGAGGCAGGUGAGUCGAACAGUGGCGACGGUGGCCCUGCUCCUCCUGAUUCUACCCCGACCAGCACUGCUCUAUGGACAGUCCGAAGAAUCCCAUGAGGGGGAACAAAUUGAACACGAAAUCGAAGGAGCAAUGGGAAAUAUGGAAAGGCAUUUCGAGUCGGGCAAUGGAAUCAAUCAUAGAGAAUCCAACGCCAUCUCUAAGGCAUUUGUAAAACUUGGUAGAUAUAUUAAGAAAAAAACGGAAUCUCAUGGAAAACCUGGCUCAAGCGGAGCCAUUAUUACAUUCCAGGUACUUAAGAGAACGAAUAGCUUAAAGCUGAUUAGUGUUCGAAUGAAAAAUAAUAAAUCUGAUUUAGAGAAGUUGAUUUCCGCUGAUCCGGACAAAAAGGUAUUCAACAUCAAACCAGCCGACAACGCCCACAUUCAGUUUUCCUUCCAACCCUCCAAAGGAAAUAAACCCUCUUCUGAUAAGAAGAAAAAAGAGCCCGAGUAUUUCCUCAAUUUUGUGUUCAACAACUAUAGGAAUCCGAAGAAGUCACUGGAUCGGAAAACCCUCAGCAAAAAGGUGAAAAUGCGACGAACUGCCAGGCGGCUACUGCCCAAUGGAAUUCCCAAUCCUUAUAAGUACUUUCCGCUUAAAGGCGAUGAUAUGUAG